UUGAAAUGCUCUUGUAUAUGAGAUAUCGGAUGUAGUAUCAGUUUCAUGGAGGAAUUGGUUGAUGUGUGUUUGUUUUAAUCAAUCAGUGGCAUCAUUGUAAUUGCCAUUCUGCUGAGCGUGACAAAGCAUUUAGCAAAAAUUGGCAUUUUGAAUGCUUUCAAAACAUUUAGCCGCAAUCGAACAAGCUGUCAGGCGAAAACAUUUUAGUAGCAAGAUACAUAUGAAUCUGCCUUGGAACUAUAAGUGGAAGAGGAUGAGGAUUCGUCGCCUCUAUUGAAAGCUGACAUUUAAGCCAUAAUCGAUGUCGUUGUAGUACGCUUCUUAACUUGAUAUCCUAGAUUGUUUGAAAAGAGUACGUACCACCGUGAUCACGAUGGCAGUGACCUGUAAGAGGCGCGAUGCAAAAUCGUCUUUUUGGACAGUUCUCUUUUCAGUCAUUUUCUGGUUGGUGUGUUUGUUUACUGCAGCCACUGCAGAAGAGCCAGUUGGACAAUCCUCGAUGGUGCAACCUAAGAAAUGUAUGAUUACUUACAAGAUCUAUGGAGUCAAAGCUUCCUGUUCGAACAUGUCGCUGACAUCUAUUCCACACGAUCCGCCGCCAGAUACGAUCACGUUGAUCAUGGACAACAACCUAAUAGUGCAUCUUAAGAACAAUUCCUUUGAUAACCUUACGCAGCUUGCGACUCUGAACAUUCGAUUAAACUUAAUUUCUAAGCUAGAUACUGGAGCAUUUUCGCCUCUUACUCGGCUGGAGAUAUUGGACCUGACAGGCAACAUGCUUACCCAGCUACCAGACGGUUUAUUUGAUUCGAAUUCUUUUCUAUCACGCUUGGUAUUAACUUCUAAUUGUUUCAAGACCGUGCCAUCAAAUACUCUGAUGACACACCUUGAUCAACUGCGGUAUCUUUCCCUUGGAAGAAAUGCAAUUAUGGAAGUCAACUUCACAGCGUUUCAAUUUCUAAAGAACUUAUCAGUGAUUGAUUUUAGUGGAAACAACAUCGCGUCUCUUCGUCCCUCUGAUUUUGAACACCUGCAUAAAUUGUCUCUAAAUUCCAUUAAUUUGGCCAGUAAUGAAUUGUCUGGGGAAAAACUUCCUGAUAGAAUUUUUUCAUUUCUCAACCAAGUGGUUUCUCUUAAUCUGUAUGGAAACCAACUGCGGGUAUUUCGUUUGAACCCUUUUCUUGGUAAUGUCACAAUAAGUAUAUUAUCACUGUCAAAUUGUGGAAUAUUUCUUUUCGAACCGUUUAACAGUUCUACCCUCCCGACCGAAACACUCCCUACCAUAUAUGAUAUUGACAUGAAACAGAACUCUAUUGACUCCAUUCCAUCAAAUGCCUUUCAAGGUUUAAAUCAAACCAUGUCACUUAAUUUAGCCGAAAACAAGAUUAAAUAUAUGACAAAUCAGACCUUCUGUGGGAUGAAUUCCUUGGUAAUCUUGGACUUAUCUAAAAACCGAAUAGAAAACUUCACUAAUGGCAUAUUUUUAUGUACCCCUCGACUCCAGAUAUUGACCGUUGCGUACAAUGAUAUCCUGGUAUUGAGUCCGAGAAUUUUUCAAAGAUUGUCGGUCCUACACAGACUUGAUUUAUCGCACAAUGCAAUGAGAUAUGUUUUCCCGGGAAACUGGAAUAAUUCUGGACUUCAAAUUCUUGACAUGUCCCAUAAUCUGUUCGAGAAAACCUACAGAACUUUGUUCAGAGGGUGGUUACCAAACCUCAAAGUUUUAGAUAUGUCUUUCAACCUGAUAGAAACAUUCUAUGCUAACACGUUUGAUAAUGUCCCGUCUCUUCGUGAGAUUUAUCUUGGAAAUAUGCUAACCAGUGUCAUAACACUAAAUGGGGUGUUUAAUCACACGAAGAAUCUCGUUAAGUUAAGUAUAUCUUCUACAAGGAUAACAUCGCUGAGGCCCUCCCAUCAGUUUACAGGCUCGGUAUCUCUGGAGGAACUUUCCAUGUGUGAGAAUGAUAUGGGCAUUGAAAACCUAUUCAACAGUGCCACAAAUUCGUCUCUCUUUAAAGGUUUAACAUCCCUUCGAAAACUGACCCUUAGAGAAAACCAUCUAAUGCAUAUAGUACCCGGAGUUUUCCGACCUCUCAUCGCGCUUCUUUCUUUGGAUCUAUCCAACUCCAAAAUUGAAACUUUGGAACCAGGAAGUUUUAGGGGAUUGACGUCUCUGAAGAGUCUGUACCUUAAUGAUAAUUGUAUCAAGCGUAUAUCUGCUGAUACAUUCUCUGGAUUGGGGAACCUUGUAUCCCUUUUCCUUAGAAAAUCGAAAAUUGUAGCUUUGGAACCAGGUAGUUUUCAAGGCUUGGCCUCUCUGAGAAGUAUAUACCUUAGCGACAAUCGCAUCACAAGUAUCUCUACUAACACAUUAUCUGGAUUGGAUAAUCUCAUAUCUCUUUACAUUAAAAACAACUUGUUAAGAUUUCUAGACAAACGCAUCUUUGCAGCGACCCCCAAUCUGCAUAUACUCUCAUUGUCGAACAACGUCAUUAGAACUGUGCAAAAGGAUACAUUCUUCCCAAAGAGCAAUAUUACGUUUAUCAUAGACAUUUCAGGAAAUCCUCUCUCUUGCAACUGUGAGUUGAGUUGGUUUCGAACUUGGCUCAACGAACACACGACAACCAUUCAUCAUCUUCAGGAAACCGUAUGUUCGAAGGGAUCCUUCGAAACCGUGUUUGGCAAGCCUAUCUUAGAAUUUGAUCCAACCUAUGUAUGUGGUUUUAAUACCAUACCCAUUACCAGUUUAACCCUUUUCACAUGUAUCGUUAUUUAUCUGUCUUUGCUGGUAUAUCACAAACGGUCGUGGCUGAGAAUCAAGUUUGUGUUUCUGAAACAAGCCAUCCGUGGUUCAGGAAGGAUAGUGGAAAAUUUCAAGGAUGAAAAUUAUGACUUUCACCUCAACAUCAUGUUCCAUGAUGGGGAAGAAGAAUGGUUGGAUCGAGUCAUGAAACCCGUCCUGGCGGAGAGGUUCCCUAAUAUAAAGAAAAUAAUCUACGGAGAUGGAGAACUCCGCAGGGAAAUGUUCUAUAUCAAUGCAAUAUAUGACGCAAUUGAGAACAGCUUCAAGACUGUACUGCUGAUAAGUAACCGUUCUCUACGUGAUAUCUGGUGCAUUACUAAAUUCCGUUUGGCAGUUGAGCACGUCAGUGACACCGGAUUGGACAAAUUCAUACUGAUCUUUAUAGAAGACAUCGAGGAAGAUGACAUGCCCUCUCUCAUCCAGGUAUUUCUGAGUGAGAACAAACCUCAUAUGUGGUGGACCAGAGACGAAGACGAGCAAGAAAUGUUUUGGGCUCAGUUCCACAGAAGCAUGAAGGCAAACAGGGCUGUAAUCAAUGCUAUCCCCCUUUAUUUAUAGAAUAGGCCUUUGGUGAUUUGAAUCCUCGAUGUGCUGUUUCUAGUAGCUAUCAAUGACUGGUCACCUCAAGAUACUUGACAUAGAUGAUUGGUGGGUUCCACAAGGUUAUGUCUAUGGUCCAAUAUCCUUGUAUUUUUUUACUCACCUGGGGCCUGUUGCAAAAAGGAAUGCGUUUAAACACAACUUUAACAUCACAUGCAAGUCAGACACGAGCGCAUCUGAUUGGUUUCAAAUAAAGAUGUUUUUAAUUGCAACUCUCUCUGCAAUUGUUCAUUGAUAAAAAGAUAAUUACCGUUUUUUCACUUUGAUAUCGAUUUGCUGGCGAUUACAUUCUCCUCGAUAAAUGCGGAGGAUACCAUAAAUGAUGUAUUUCGGUUGUAAAUGAUAGUUCUAUUUUAAAUUUUACCCUUGAUGGACCAUCUGAAUGGCAGCAAGAGGUAUUCACGAGUUAGGCCUUCUAUACACAAGAAAUAUAAUAAAUCAAUAUUGACUGAAAGGAGAAGUCAAUUAGACGAGCUGUGAGUCAAUUGGAAUAGCAACCAAAGCAGUUAUUUUAUGAUAUGGUCUUAUUAAAAACGUUUGUAAAUAUUCAAUAACAGUUUUAAAUGAAGUACCUUUUACACAAGCUUACACCAAAGAUAGAUAUAUGUUGAGGGAAAAUGAAUGGUUUCUUUUGAA